GGGACUCGACCGUUGUCAUUUUAUCCACUCAUUAAACGCCCUGUGUCAACGUCUCUCCCUGAAGACAAAGCGUGGCCGUGAAAUUGACUGCAAAACUGCACGCUUCUUUGCUUCCGCUUUCAGUCCCUGUUUUGUCAAACGGAUUAGUUUCCCUCAACUACCCCUUGCCCUUUAAGCUUCCAUAAAUUUGGAGUCUCCCACCCCACCCCUGUAAAAAAGAAAACGAAAACUCAGAUCUUCGCCAUCUCUGUCGGCUUUUCCCCUCUGCUAUGGCAGUGGCAUCUGCCGCCGCAGAGAGGAUCGAUCUGCCGAGGCCGCUCAUGGAUCUGUCUCUCCCGAAAUUAGCUACCGAUGUCGUUUCUGAUUCUUUAAUUUCGCCUAAUGAUUCGUCUCCCACCGACACGCCCGCUUGCAACGAUCCUUCCAAUUCUUCGCCUAACCCCAGUUACAGAGAUGUUGAAAUUCAGUCUCCAGCAGCAUUGAGAAGUGAAGAAUACCGCCAACUGUUUAGGCUUCCACCUGAAGAGUUCCUUGUUCAAGAUUUUAACUGUGCAUUCCAGGAGAGUAUUUUUCUUCAGGGUCACAUGUACCUGUUUGUUCAUUAUAUUUGCUUUUAUUCUAAUAUAUUUGGAUUUGAAACAAAGAAAAUAAUCACCUUCAAUGAAAUUACAAGUGUUAAAAAAGCAAAGACUGCUGGAAUCUUCCCUAAUGCAAUAGAAAUUUUUGCUGGAGGAAGGAAGUAUUUCUUUGCAUCAUUCCUAUCUCGUGAUGAGGCUUUCAAGCUCAUUAAUGAUGGAUGGAUGCAUCAUGGUAAUCGAGCCAAAGAAAUUGCAGAACAGGAAUCCAUGUCUGAGUCCAGCAGUCGAGAGAAUGGAUUUGUUGCAAUUGAAAAGGUCAAUAGCAUCAAAAACCCAACAAAUGACAUGGAAUCCACAGACAGGGAUGAGGAUGUUCCCACUGCUAGUGGUUCUAACAUUCUAUCCACUUCUGACAAUGAUGCAGAAGUAGGUCCUGAAUCAGUUACAAAUACAGGGUCUUCAACAUCGGCAGAUACUUGUUCCUGGAAGCCAGAGAAUUGUGACGCACCGAAGGGGUCUUCAACAUCGGCAGAUACUUGUUCCUGGAAGCCAGAGAAUUGUGACGCACCGAAGGUUCCUGAAUGUUUUACCAAGGUUGUUGAAUCAAAGUUUCCGAUUAAGGUAGAGGAGUUCUUCAAUUUGUAUUUUUCAGAUAAUGCUGUUAAUUUCAUUGAAUCUUUUCACAGAAGAUGUGGAGACAAAGAAUUCAGGUGCUCUUCAUGGUGCCCUCAUGACAAAUUUGGACAUGUUCGUGAUGUGUCAUUUCAACAUCCCAUAAAAAUAUACUUUGGUGCAAAAUUUGGUAGCUGUCGGGAGGCCCAGAAAUUUCGAAUUUACAGAAACAGUCAUUUGGUUAUGGAGAUAUCACAAGAGAUCAAUGAUGUACCAUAUGGAGAUUAUUUCCAUGUAGAGGGGCUUUGGGAUGUAGAAAGAGACAGUGAUGGUCCACAAGAAGGCUGCAUUUUGAGGGUUUAUGUGAAUGUGGCUUUUAGCAAGAGAACUGUUUGGAAGGGGAAAAUAGUGCAGUCUACUCUGGAAGAAUGUCGAGAAGCUUAUGCAACGUGGAUUGACAUGGCACACGAAUUGUUGAAGCAGAACAUUGAUAAACAAGGAGGGGUAGAUCCUUCUGGAAGCUUAACUGAAACUGGUGAACACCAGGUUAAAAGAGAAGUGGCUACCAAAGAACCUUCAGAAAUAUCUCAUAACUUGAGUGAUCCAGCAAGGACAUUGCAGAUGUCUGAUUCUAUGGAUGUUAACCAACGAAUUGGGAAUCUUUUGCAAGGAAGUUUGUCUAAUGCUUCAUCCAUCGCAUCAUUGUUGAGAGAGUUUGUUCUGAAAUCCUACUCAUACUUGAAAAGCCAAGGUCAUAUUUCACUAGUCUUAGCAGUUGCAUUUGCUGUGAUCUUCUUGAUGCAGGUGAGUAUGAUCGUGCUAUUAAACAGACCGCAACACGUUCAUGUCAGUUAUCCAGUAGGGUAUAUGGGUAGCAUGGGUGGUGGAGGUGGUGAAAGGCCAGCUGAAGCUGUUGCUUGGUUGGAGAAGCGGAUGCAUUACCUUAAAGAAGAGAUGGUUAUGGUUGAAGCUCGGUUAGAGAGGAUGUGGCAUGAGCAUGCUGCUUUAAAAGCACAGUUAAAAGAACUGGGGUAUCCAGAGAAGCAUAGAUAACAUCUUGAUUGGUUGAAGUUUGGGAGAUUUCCACCGAUUGUGAGGCCUCCUCAACACGGUUUUCAUACAACAAUGCUUUCGACCCUACUGUGAAGAUUCUGAUAAUGACUGGGGAGAUGAAUGAAUGAAUGAAUGUGUAACGGAAGGGAAAACAAUUCCCCAUUCCCUUUUGUACAGAUAAAUGCAUUGGCAAUGGGAAAGGUCACCAAGGGAAUAAUAAUAGUGUGAUUUUGAGGCAUAUGUUCCACAUUUGCAUUUGGUGGGUUGAUUAUUACUUGGUCCAUCUGGUCGGAAGAUAUGAAGCCGAAAAGGUUUUAUCUACAAAAGUUUUGACCUCUAUCUAUCAUCAGCUUUAUAAUAUAUAUGAUCAUACUUCUCAUUGUAACCGUCCA